AGAGUACGAAUAUUAUGAAGCACUCGAAGAUGAUGCCCACGAAGCUGUAUUUAUAGAGUCAAAGAAAGGUAAAACCCUACUGCAAUAUAACGGCUACCGAUACCGAAGAGCCUACCAGACCAAAAAUGGGAUACGUUGGAGUUGCUCUUCGAAGAAGAACUGUUCAGCUUUUAUUUACUUAAACGAUGAGGACGAAAUUCUGAUGACCUCCAGGCAUCAUAAUCAUUCUCCACCAAAUUCCCAAUUGGAACAUAUUCAAAGGGAGGAAAAUCCAGAUGACACAGCAGUCGUCAUCACCUCUCGCAAAGGCAAAGAGAUGCUACUGUUCCAUAAGUAUACCUACCGCAAACAGUACGCCACGGGCGGCAAGACAAGAUGGGUGUGCUCGACCAAGAAGAAUUGUCACGCAGUAGUAUUCACAAACUCCACCAACAUUAUAACAUCCGCUUUAGAGGCACAUAAUCAUGAUCCUCCGAAAUACUAUCUAAAACCUAACAACCUGUUAGAAGCCAUCAGGCAACCUUUACUUUUUGAAUCUGAAUAACCAGAUAUUACCUCAUCAUCAUUUCAGCUUUCAUCAUAUCUUUUUUUAUAUCAUUACUUAUAGAUACUAGCUUCUGUCUGCGAAUUCGUCUGCGUGGACUUCAGAAUUAGGUCUAAAGCUUCGCUACUUACCAAUUUUCAAUCUUAC